ACUCGGGGGAAAGGGCGUGACUGAGGCUUCAGAAAAAUGUGGAGAAUUCUGGCAUCCUCCCAGCGUGCCAGUGCGAACCUCUCUAACCGGAACCGAGGAAACACUUGCUCUCAGGACCCCGUUCCUUGGCUAGGGGCGGUUGCGCCAGCUGUCCCGCGCCCUCGGAAUGGGCGCCCCCAAUAACGCUGGCCCUGGCUAGCGCCGUCACGGGACGAUGAGGUGUGGACCAGCUCAGCCACGGGAAGGGCUUUCUAGAUUGCCCUUUGUUGUUGCCUGGGACUGGCCUCCUUCCUGGACUCUCCUCCCUCCCGCCUUCCCGCCAAGGCCGAGCGGCCUCGGGAGACGGGAAAUAGAACUGAGGUGAAGUCGAGGGCAACAGCCCCCUCCCUGGGUGUCCUGGAGCGGCAAGGAGACUUACAGGCGCCUGCUCUUCUAGUGUUUAGUGGAGUGUAUUUUGUGAGGAACGUGUGUUCGCCUCUUCAAGCCGUCCUUCCUCAAACGUGGGUUUUAAGCACAUGGAAGCCCCUCUCUUUUUAAUGACGACCCCAUCAAAGGUUCUAUGUGAUCCUGGCUGAAUUGCUUAACUUUUUUGUCAGCUUAAUGAGUAUAUUAUGAAUAGGCAUAAUAACAACGACUAUGCCUCUGGCUUAUUAGAACUAAGUGAGUUAGUGUAGUUAAAAUGCUUAAAACCGUCAUGUCAUAUAGGAAAUACCCUCUAUGUUAGCUAUAUGUUUACAGUUAAAAGUCUAAAAGAAGUGGGUGACCCAAAGCUUAUCUGCCUGGACCCCACUACCCUAUCAACACCUGAAUUUCUCAAAAUUCCAGAGGCAUUUUCAAAAUCAUCGGCCAUAGACCCCUCCCUGGCUUUAUGACAAUGUGGCAUAGACUUUAAAGACUUGAGUUCGGGGGCAGCGUUUCCCUCAGGGGUGAAAAUGCUUCUUGGAAUGCCUCCAUCCCGUAUUGGCCUGCCUGGGUUUCAGUCCUGGCUCCACUCCUGAUUCCAGCUUCCUGCUAAUACAUCCUGAGAGCAGCAGGUGAUGGUGGCUUUACAUAGUUGAGUGCACACCGGCAUUGAGUUCCAGGCUUCUGGCUUUGGUCUGACUCGCUCCCAGUUUGGGGGCAUUUAGGGAGUGAACCAGCGGAUGGAAGUGCUCAUCCUCAUUUCUCUCUCUCUCUCAUCUGUUUUUUGACUAAAUAAAAAGUAAAAGAAAAAACAAUGGGCUUUUUUGUCUGACAAACAGCAGUCUUUAAAACCUGCUGUUUUGUUAUCCACCAGCUGCCAUUGGAAAGCUAUUUAACCUCAGUGCUCUCAUCCAUAAGAUGAAAAUUUCAGUGUAAUUAAACAGUGGUAGCUAGCAGUUAAGUGUCCUAAAUACACAGACAGUGACCCAAUAUUCCAACCCAUAGAAUGAAUAUUAGUCAUGGUUGUUAAGGAAUGGUGUGAAUAAUCCAUGUAAUUUACCUUUCAGCAUUCCUGGCACAUAAUGGUAUUUAAUUUAUAAUCUCAUUUUUAAAAUAAUAGGCAUUGAGACUAAAUUAUUUUUUAUUGGAGGUUAUGAAAGGUGUAACAGUCUCCUGCACUUUGUGCAUUUUUAAACUUAUUUUGAGAGGGAAAUGGAACCUGGGAUUUCGUUUCAAACAACAGAUUGCUAAUUAAUAACACUAAUCUUUACCACCUUUUGCUCCCAGACACACUGAUGAUGUCUUCUUAGUGCCAAGGUUGGUGAAUACAGGGAAUAGUCGGGGCUUUUUCACAUUAAAAGAAAAGGUGAACUGCUCUUCUCAUGUCAUAAGAGGAAUCUCUGUUGAAGAUUGUGGAUGGGGGGAUGAGUCUAAGAAAUGGCCGCCUGAAUGAGCUCUUGGCUUCCUUGCCUAUAGCUGUCUGUUGGUUUCUCCUAAAACCGAAGAAUAGUGGCUCCUAGAAACAUGGAGAUUAGAACAAUGACUUAGAGGCCUUAUUUUCUCCUCCAGGAAGUCUCUCUCCCAGAUACCCACAUGGCUCACACCCUCACUUCCUGCACAUGUCACCUUAGCAGUGCCUUCCCUCUCCACUCAGAGAAAGAGGACCCAUCGCUCACCCUUCUGCCCCCGCACUAAGUUCCAAGGCCCUAUUUUUCAUCAUAGCAACGAUUACCACCUGAUACUCCACAGCUGAUUAUCUGCCCGCCUUAGGUAGCAGGUAAGCUUCCUAAGAGCGAGGCAUAGUGGAAGGAGACUGGAUGUUUUGUUCACUGCCAGAGGGGGCCCAGAAACCUGCCAGGCACGGCGGUGGUGAACAAUAAUGGCAUGGAUUAUUGGACUGAUAGGAUGAAUAAAGGGAUUCUGUCUGCUGGGAGUCAGCCAGGAUGGGAAAAGCUCAUUCUAAGACUUUAACAUGUGACUGUUUGUUCAUCAGGAACGAAGGGGCCUGUGUGCCUGGCAGGUGUGCUGAGUGCAGAGGAUCCCAUGUUGAACAAUGUAUCUUCUCGGGAAAGGCGUGGGAGCAGCGCCCUGCGCCGGCCAGCCAAUGGGAAGGAGACUCGCAGUGGGGCUGUGGGGCCAACCACCCGGGAGGCCCUCACAGCUGUAGGCUCUGGUUUGCAGGGAGGGGAGGGGUUAUAAGCCCAAAGGUGCGCUUCUCUCAUCAAGCAGCAAGUGCCCGUUGAAGCUUCCCUUCCCGAUUUUGAGCGCUGGGAUUUCACCUUCGUCACCGACGCCCACCGAAACCCAAGUUUUCCAUAGGUCCUAUUCAUUCCACCUUAUUUUGAUUACUUUUCCCCACUGGAGCCUGAAUAUUAAUCCAUAGACAAGAUGGCAGCUUCUUCAUCUUCCUACUUUUCUGAUUUUGGGCUGCUGCUGUAUUUGGAGGAGCUAAACAAAGAGGAAUUCAAUAAAUUCAAGUUACUUCUAAGGGAGACCAUGGAACCGGGGCCUUGCCUGAUACCCUGGACGGCAGUGAAGAAGGCCAAGCGUGAGGAUCUGGCUAACCUGAUGAACAGAUAUUAUCCAGGAGAGCAGGCCUGGAGUGUGACGCUGAAAAUCUUUGGCAAGAUGAACCUGAGGGGUUUGUGUGAGAGAGCAAAAGCAGAGAUCAACCGGACAGCCACGGCUAUGGAACAAGAGGAUGUUGAGCCCAGAGAGAUGCAAGGUGACCAGGAAGCCAUGCUGGAUAGUGGAACAGAAUACAGAAUUCAAAUUAAGGAAAAAUUUUGCAUCAUUUGGGAUGAGAGCUCUUGGCUUGGAGAACUUGAAACUUUCCAUCGUGCAAUUUCUCAGGAAGAUGAAGAUUUGGUGGAGCAUUUGUUUGAUAUGGAUGUCAAAACUGGUGAGCAGCCACAGAUAGUGGUGCUUCAGGGAGCCGCUGGGGUUGGGAAAACAAAGUUGGCAAGGAAGGCAAUGUUAGAUUGGGCAAAGGGCAAUUUCUAUCAGAAGUUUUCCUAUGUGUUUUACCUCAAUGGGAGAGAGAUGAACCAGUUGAAGGAGACAAGCUUUGCUCAACUGAUAUCGAAGGACUGGCCCAGCGCAGAAAGUCCCAUUGAAAAGAUUCUGUCACAGCCAAGUGGUCUCCUUUUUAUUAUUGAUAGUUUUGAUGAACUGAACUUUGCCUUUGAGGAGCCUGAGUUUGCACUGUGUGAAGACUGGACCCAGGUGCACCCAGUGUCCUUCCUCCUGAGUAGUUUGCUGAGGAAAGUGAUGCUUCCUGAGUCAUCUUUAUUGUUGACAAUGAGACUCACAUCUUCCAAGAGACUGAAGAAUGUAUUGAAGAGUCAACGUUAUGUAGAAAUACCCGGAAUGCCUGAGCAGAUAAGAAAGGAGUAUAUUUACCAGUUUUUUGAAGAUGAGGAGUGGGGCAAGAAAGCAUUCAGUUUGCUAAGAAGCAAUGAGAUGCUUUUUAGCAUGUGCCGGGUCCCCCAGGUGUGCUGGAUUGCUUGUACUUGUCUGAAGCGGGAAAUGGAGAAGGGUGGUGAUGUCACAGUCACCUGCCAGACAACCACAGCUCUUUUUACCAGCUACAUUUCCAGCUUGUUCACAUCAGUAGAUGAAUGCUGUCUUAGUCUGCCCAACCAGGACCAACUGGGGAGGCUGUGCCACUUGGCUGCAAAAGGAAUAUGGACUAUGACACAUGUGUUUUACAGGGACAAUCUCAGAAAGCAUGGGUUGACCAAAGAUGAUGUUGCAAUUUUUCUGGACAUGAAUAUUCUUCAAAGGGACAGAGAGUAUGAAAAUUGCUAUGUGUUCACCCAUCUACAUGUUCAGGAAUUUUUUGCAGCUAUGUUUUAUAUGUUGAAGGACAACUGGGAAGCUAGGGAUUAUCCUGUUGAGUCUUUUGAAGAUUUGAAGUUGUUACUUGAAAGCAAAAAUGAUAAAGACUCUAAUUUGAUGCAGAUGAGAUGCUUUUUGUUUGGACUAUUGAAUGAAAAGAAAAUAAAACAACUGGAGGAAGCUUUAAAUUGUAAAACAUCAUUGGACAUAAAACAAGAGUCGCUUCAGUGGAUGGAAGAAUUAGGAAACAGUGACUACUCUCCAUCCGAGCUGGGAUUUCUGGAAUUGUUUCACCACCUGUAUGAGACUCAAGAUGAAGCAUUUAUAAGUCAGGCAAUGAGCUACUUCCCAAAGAUUGACAUUAAAAUGUGUGAAAAAAACCAUUUGCUUGUGACUUCAUUUUGCCUUAAGCACUGCCGAUGCUUGCAGACCAUUAAACUGUCGGUAUCAGUGAUAUUUGAGAAGAAGAUAGUAAACUCAAGUUGCCCAGCCAAAACUUGGCAAAACGAUGAAGAUCUCAUUAUUCGUUGCUGGAAAGAUCUCUGUUCUGUGAUUCACACAAAUGAACACUUGAAAGAACUGAACCUGUGCCAUAGCAACCUUGAUGAACUAGCGAUGAGGAUUUUUUAUCAAGAACUUAGUCACCCAAACUGUAAACUGCAAAAGCUACUGUUGAGAUUUGUCUCCUUUCCUGAUGGUUGCCUGGGCAUCUCUAACUUUCUGACUCAGAACCAGCAUCUGAUGCACCUGGACCUGACUGGCAGUGAUAUAGGGGAUAAUGGAGUAAAGGCCUUAUGUGAAGCUCUCAAACACCCAAGGUGUAAACUGCAGAGUCUGAGAUUAGAGUCCUGUGACCUAACUACAGUUUGUUGUUUAAAUAUAUCCAAGGCUCUUAUUAGAAACCAGAGUCUGGGAUUUCUGAAUCUGUCAACCAAUAAUCUGUUAGAUGACGGAGUGAAGCUGUUAUGUGAGGCCUUAAGACACCCGAAGUGUCCUCUGGAGAGACUGUCCUUAGAAAGCUGUGGCCUCACAGAAGCUGGUUGUGAGGAUCUUUCUUUGGCUCUCAUCACCAAUACAAGGCUGACACAUUUAUGUUUGACAGAUAAUGUCUUAGGAGAUGGUGGAGUAAAGUUUAUGAGUGAUGCUUUGCAGCACCCACAGUGUACUCUACAGAGCCUUGUGCUGAGGCGCUGCCAUUUGACUUCACUUAGCAGCAGAUGUCUUUCCACUUCUCUUCUCUACAAUAAGAGCCUGAGACAUCUGGACCUGGCAUUAAACUUCCUACAAGAUGAAGGAGCAAAGCUUCUGUGUGAUGUCUUUCGGCAUCCAAGCUGCAGUCUUCAGGAUGUGGAAUUAGUGGGUUGUGCUAUUACAAGUGCUUGUUGUCUGGAUCUGGCUUCUGCUAUUUUGAACAACCCAAAUAUUUGGAGCAUGGACCUUGGGAACAAUAACUUGCAGGAUGGUGGAGUGAAAAUUCUGUGUGACGCUUUGAGACAUCCAAACUGUAACAUCCAGAAGCUUGGGUUGGCAUACUGUGGUUUGACUUCUCUCUGUUGUCGGGAUCUCUCCUCUACUCUUAUCAGCAACCAAAGACUGAGAAAAAUUAAUCUGACACAGAAUCCCUUAGGGUCUGAAGGGAUUAAGAAGUUAUGUGAAGUAUUGAGGUCUCCACAAUGUAAACUACAAACUCUAGGGUUGUGCAAAGAGGCCUUUGAUGAGGAAGCCCAGAAGCUGCUGGAAGCUGUGACACUUAAGAAUCCACAUUUAGUCAUUAAGCCAGACUAUAACGAUCACAAUGAAGAUGAUGGGUCUUGGUGGCAGUUCAAUGAUAGCAGUGAAGAAGAUGGGUCCUGGUAGCAGUGUUUCUCAUGUGAAGAAUCUGACAUCCCAUAAAAAAAUCAGAAAAACUUCAGAGUAACAGGGUCUGUUUCUUAGCUUUAGAUAAUGUAGUCCCACAGAGAUAACACUUGACAUCUGUUAGACAUAAGGUAGUCACUUUUCUGUAAAAUGUUCAUUCUACAUCACACAUAGUUGGAGAGGCUAAAAUAAAAUGAAACUUAAAGCUUUCUGAAAAGUGUAAGAUAUUUUUAAUUGAAUACAAAGGUUAAGGACUCAUAAGAGAAGGCCAGAAUUGAGGCUCCAAGAUGGGAAUAGAGAAGAUUAAAGUGUCUUGUUUUCUGUUCAAUUCCCACUGCCUAGGCUUAAUUCACAGCCUCACUAUCUCUGGCUCUUUUUAUUGGAAUGCUUCUCCAUGUAUGAUCUUGAUGACCAGUGUCAAAGUCACAUGGGUGCUGUCUUAAAAUGCAGAUUACUUAGCAUACCAGAUAUAGUGAAGCUGAACAUAUAAGUAAUAGUCUUUAGGACCCAGCAUUUUUAAUUUCCCUGGCAAUUCUUUAUGCACACUAAUAUUUGAAAAUCACUAGUUUCAUUAGAAAUGGGAGCCUACUUUUAUGAUGAACAAUUUCUGUAGUUCUGUGGGGAGGGGGGAAGGUUUAAUUUUCUUUAAGGUGGUAUGAAGUUAGUGUGGGUUAUAGCUAAACAUGGAUUCUUCCAUUUGACAAAAUCAUGGCACAAUAAAUUUACCUGUGAAAGACCGUUCUGCUUGUUCAUUGCUUUGUAACCAUCCCAAAUGUCACUUAAAAUGGAAACCAUUUUAUUGAAAUCUCAUAACUUGGUGUUUCUAGAAUUCAGAAAGGAUUCCGCUGAGUGUCUCUUACUUCACAUGGUAUCCUCUGGGGUUCCUUGGUAUUCAGCUGGCAGCCAGGUUGCUCUAGAGGCACCAAAGUAACUUUGACCCACAUGGCAAGGAUGGCUGAAAGGCUGUGUGUAGCUGUGCCCCUUAUCCCUCUACCUCAGGGCCUCUCUACAUGGUGGUCUCUGCUGCAGGGAGGAUGGAUUUCUGGGGUGGGAGGUUAAGGGUUUGAAAAGAGUCAGGGAAAGGUGCCGAUUGUCUUGAAAGCUAGGCCUGAAUUGGUAUAAAGUCACUUCUAUCAUUGUACAUUGGCAAAAAUAGUCCAGGCCAGCCCAAGUUCAAGGUCAGUUCUUGAUGGGAAUAAUGUCAAAGAAUGUGUGGCCUUUAGUCUACUACAAACCAUCAAUUUUUCUCUACUUGUCUACCAGAAAUAAGACAGCUUUUUAAUUGGUUAUAAAGAAACUUUUUUUAGAUUUUAUUCAUUCAUUUGACAGAGCUACAGACAGUGAGACAGAGAAAGGUCUUCCUUCCGUUGGUUCACUCUAGCUCCAGCCAUUGCGGCCAUUUACACCUAUCCGAAGCCAGGAGCCAGGUGCUUCUUCCUGGUCUCCUAUGCAGGUGCAGGGGUCCAAGCACUUGGGCUAUCUUCUACUGCUACCCCAGGCCACAGCAGAGAGAAGGACUAGAAGAGGAGCAACCAGGACCGGAACAGGUACCCAUAUGGGAUGCCAGCACCGCAGGCAGAGGAUUACACUGCACUGGCUAAAGAAAAACAUUUUAUCUCACCCAGUCACUCAACGAUUCUGGCCACCAAAAUGUGUGGGCUUUUCCCACAACAAGCAGUUUUCCAGCACUGGGGUGAGGGUCCCAUAAUCCAAUUCACUUCUGAUGUUAUCAACCAAGAGAGCAUCAGGUCCCACAGGACUGCCCUGAUUCCAGGUGCCAGUCCCAUGUUGUGACCUGUGCUUCUGACCAACCAACCAGAAAUAGAAGUUCUCCCAACCAUGCCCUGGUGGUGUUUCCUUGAAUUCUUUGAGGCAUCCUAGUAAACACUGAUCUUUACUCAUUUACUGUAAGGAUACUACAAAGGAUACAAAUGAAGAGCCAGAAGAACAAGGGUAGGUUCAGAAGGGUUUUGAAGUCCCCAUGGAUUUGGGGUGCACACACUCUUGGCACAUAAGAUAUAUUCAGCAACUGGAAACUCUGAACUCCCAUCUUUUUCAGUUUCUAUGGAAGCUUCAUUAGGUAGACAAGAUUAAUA